AUGGUGACGGUCGGCAAGUCGCACCCGGGGGCUGACCCUGUCCACCCUCUUCCCACCUCACCCGAUCCGGUCGGCGCCAACUCCCCGCCAUCAAAGCGAGAUUUAGCUUCGUGGUGGAAGCAGUUCAAACGAAGCACAAGAAAAGAUGAAUUGAAAGAAGAGGCACCCUGCGGCAUCUUCGGGAUUGCGCUCAAUGUCAGCAUCAAGUACGCCAAUGUGGCAAUCUCCUUGACCAACGACCAUGGCGAGAGCUUCAUUUAUGGAUAUGUGCCCAUCGUGGUCGCAAAGUGCGGAGUUUUCCUAAAAGAAAAAGCAACGGAUGUGGAGGGCAUCUUUCGUCUAAACGGAUCAGCUAAGCGUAUUAAGGACCUUCAAGAGGUUUUCGAUUCCCCCGAGCGAUAUGGCAAAGGACUCGACUGGUCCGGAUACACCGUCCAUGAUGCAGCAAACGUCCUUCGCCGAUACUUGAACCAGUUGCCCGAACCCAUCGUGCCAUUGGAGUUUUACGAGCGCUUCCGUGAACCCCUGCGUAUCUAUCAGCGACAGGUCCUAGAAGGCAAGGAUACAGCCGAUGCCGAUAAGUUCGAUCACGCAAAGGCGGUCGAGACAUACCAGAACCUCAUCAUCGAGUUGCCCCCAUUGAACAAGCAACUGCUCCUCUAUAUCCUCGAUCUUCUCGCGGUUUUCGCCUCAAAGUCCGAUCAGAACCGCAUGCCGUCGGCUAAUCUGCAUGCUGUCCCACCCCAGCAUGAUAUGUCGCCGGAGGAGUACAAGUUGAGUCAGGAUGUCUUGAUCUUCUUGAUUGAGAACCAAGAUCACUUUCUGUUCGGAAUGAGUGGCACGGCUGCCGAUGAGCAGACCAUGAAAGAGGUCGAGGCAGGGAUUUCACGCCCCGCAUCUCACCCGACUGUCCGACGAUCAGUAUCCAACGCCAGUGCGAACACAGAAAGUCAUCGCAAGUUGGACAGCAUCCGACGCAAUGUCUCCGUUUCCUCGCGCAACUCCCGUCACUCCAACAACGCUCAAAGUCCAGUAACUCCCACCUCGAUCACCAGCGGCGGCGGCGGUGGUGUCCACCGAAGCAACACUUUGCCCUCAAAGAUGGGCCCCGUCUUGACCUCCGCUCGUUAUGCACGAGCCAACGAUACUGGCUCCAACAACCCUUCCGGCCUCGCUGUUUCUCAUCAGAGUUCACGAUCCACUAGUCGAACACCAUCAGUGCGCGAAGAGCCGGAGCAGGCUCAACCGAUUCCUGAGUCGAUCCCUCAGGCCGCUCCUCAGCCAGUCCCUGAACAGACUCCCGAGCAGCGUUCUGAGCAGCAGACCCCUAGUCGGUCGGCUACUUCAUUGACUCCAGGAAAUGCUUAUGUGCACACGUCAACCCAUGGCCCAUUGCCUCCGGCAGCUGCUGAACGUCUUAGCCUUAGCGAAACUGCCAGGCCGCAUGAGAAUCUCAACACAGCAGUCGCAUCACCCCCAGUCGCUCCACCCCCACAGGUUGUCACACCGAGCCGUGAGCGUAAACUCUCAAAUUUCUUCACGAAGUCACCUCCACAUGAUAGUGAAGUGAAGGAACCUCGGCAGCCGAACCGCCUGAAGAAGAAGCGCAUUCCCGGCAGUGCAAGCGUGAGCGCACAAAGCUCGGCUAACUCCCUCCACGCCUCGAGUGUAGAUCCUAGUGCGGACAUCGAACCUAAGCAGGAAAACCGGGCCGGGGAAUCUGCUGUUGGCGACACCACUCCAAGACCGCCAAAUACUGCGACACUCGGCAACCGAGAGAACUCUCUCGAGUCAAACCCGGCUCUGGCAGAGGGUACAACGCAACCUCACACUGACCACUCUUUGCGACCUAACAAGUCGCGCACGCCCUCCAUGAACUCGCGUUCAUCGUUCACUGAUCAGUCUGACAUGGACCAGCCUGACGAUGUCUCUCGCCAUGAGAAUCGUCGUAGUUGGCGGUUCCAUCGGUCUCCGAAGCGCACCACAGAGCAACUUGGAUUGGGUUUCGCAUCUCCACCCCUGGGGGCGACAAAUCCUCGAGCUGAGCAAAGCACCAGUUCGAUCGGCAGCGGUCACUAUCAAAAUACGGACCUCUCCAGCCACCCACUCAGCCUGGAUGCUGGCGUUCAAGGCACUUCCUCCAUAGGAUCAGAACCCGAGAAGAAGAGUUUAUUCGGAAAGUUCAAGGCGAAGGUCGCUCAGGUUCGGGAUGGUGUUAGGGAUGAUCGUGAGCGCACAAAGAGCCCCACCCGGUCGGAGAACGACCCUGUACUCGCCAACCAGCCUCUUUCUCCUAUUGCUACAGAGUUGACAAAUGGAAACUCUGCCUCAGUCGACGUCUCACGUGAACAACCCAAGGAAGAGCAUAUGCGCUCGCCUGUGUCUCCCUUGCCUGGCGCUGGUCUUCCCCCAUCUAUCCCUGAAGAGCCGCAUAGCCCUGAGGCGUCGGCGGCCGUGCCUGUCGUCAACCAGAAGGAGCCCGUCGAACUGCCUGCUACCGAGUCAGUCUCGGCACCAGAGCCACCAGUGUCCGAUGAAAUCCUGAGAGAGACCGCAGGACCGUCCACCUCGGCUGCUUGA